GUGUUUUGGCAUUCAAAAUCAAGUGUGCAAGAUAUGUCGCAACUUCGUCAAAUACGGUCUGAUCUUUUGAUAGAACAUGGAGAGAAGUCUACUGGUCGAGCGGUCAUCCGAGAAAUUUCAUACGAUCGCAAAUUGGACCGUGCACUACGCGACACAUUUCUGUGGAAGCUCAUUCGUCGAUUUCACACCAACACUCUUUAUCCCGAAGAAGAAAACUUGAGAAAUUUGUUUGGCGACGGUUAUGAUCCACACCCGGGCGGGGCCGCCGGUGAGUGUAGAGUUUGGAUAAUGGAGAAAUCAGUCCAUUGCGCAAGGCACGAGAGUAAUAGCAAACGAAAUGUCAUUCAUAACGUGCGACAUUAUGGCACCGUUUGGCAGAGCUAUCUCGAUGAUCUUGAAGACCGAAGCCCUCGAACUACCUGGAAGGAGACUUGGCUCCUGCCGGCAUAUCUCCUAAACUCCGGCUCCGCGUAUGACCACCUCCAAUACCUGAGAGAGUAUGAAGAGUCAUCAGAUUUUGAUGACAUCCUCGAUUACCUCGUGAUACGUACCGUUCCAAAAGAACGAGAAUUAAAGGACAUCUUCCGCGGAUUCGGCUGUAAGUCAUAUCAUGACCGUAUGCGAUCCAUCUGUCAGGAGUUCAAUGUUAUGGAGUAUCUUCAGCAGUAUUCGGAUGAACAGGCUAUGACAAUUACGGAGCUGGAAUUACAGGAAAAGCUGGUAGCGUUUCGUCAACUUGCGAAAGCCUAUUCUCGUCAUCGAGUACUUAAUAUCGUUAUAGAUGCAUCAUUAUGGAAUAAUAAGUUCCGCGCAGAGACGGUGCACCCAGUGAUGCGUAACACAUUAGAUGCUGUAUAUGGUACCACUCUGUAUGGAAAAACGCAUCUAGCAUACCAGAAAUCACUCGUGUACGUGCCUGAUCAGUCUGGAACAACAUAUUGGGACGGACAGGAUGGCGGAAUAGAAGGCUAA